UCAAGGACAUCAAUUGGAUCUGGAGACUUGCGUAUAUCACCGAGUUGCUUUGUUGAGGGCACCAGCUCGCGAUCUAUGAGGUGAUUUCCCCGUUAAGGUUGUAAGGCUGAUACAGUGGCAGACACCAACGGCGCGAUUCGUCCCACAGACCGGCCUUAUUCUUAUCAAUUCCCUCGCGGGUUAUUGCGUGAUCAAGUUGAGGAUAGUUGGAGAUAUUGCCCCGUUGGUGGCCAUCAUGGUGUCAGACAAACAGUUAUAAAUUGAGCGAAUCUUUCACUCAAUGAAGUUCUCUCUUCUCUUCCUCCUCAUCCCAUCCUCGCUCACUUCAGCACUCUACACACUCAACUUCACACACAAUCCCUCAUCAUGUACGGCUUCCGUGCUCUCAUCUUGACCCUCGCUGCCACCGCGCCCCUCGUCCAGGGCGCCCCUGAGCAUCGGGUCUCUCCAUUCACGCGUGUCGCGAAGCAUGAGGCUGCUGUGUCUCCUGCCCCGACUGCGGGACCCGUAGUCGGGGCACGCCAAUGGACUUCUGGCGAAUGGACUUCCCACGUGUGGACGUCUACUUGGCGCCAUGGAGACCAAGACCAGAACAAUGGACAUGACCAGGAACAUGACCAUGACCAGGAACAUGACCACGACCAGGAACAUGACCAUGACCAGGAACAUGACCACGACCAGGAGAACGACCAUGACCAGGAGAACGACCACGACCAGGAGCAUGACAACGACCAGGAGCACGACCACGAACAGGAGCAUGACAACGACCAGGAGCACGAGAGCGAGGAAGACAAACUACGAGCUGCGCUUAUUACAGCUGCCGCUGACCCGUCUAUGACUGCGCAGGUAAACUUUAAUCGGUUCUUUAGCUCCGUCAUGAGCCGCUUGCAAUCCAUCCAAGACAGCCUGGCAACGGCUACUGUUACUGUCACAGGUACAGGUGUUGCUACUACCACGGCUACUUCCACUACCACUUUCACCCAGGACCCUUCAACUACCACGGUCACCCAGGAUCCUUCUACUACCACUGCCACUUCUACUACUACUGUCACAGAUGGGGGUGCCACUGUUACUGUCACCCAGGAUCUUUCCACUACCACUCUCACUGUCACAGGGCAGCCUAACCAAGUCAUAACUGCCACUUACACUAUCACCGCCACUACCACCAUCACCGCAGCUGAUCCUUCUACUACUUUCACUACCACCAUCACCGCGCCGGUGGCUACUACCACUACCGCCCCCCCUACCACCACCACUGAUCCUACUACUACUUUCGUUACUACCAUCACCUCUGAGGACCCUAACACUACGGUCACUACGACCGCCACAGUGACUCAAUUUGAUUUCAGUAUCGCGGAGAGCGCGGCCGAAACCAUGGCCACGUACCAAAAGAGAGGUGCGUACGCGAACAACCAGACGGCCACUACCUCCAAGGCGUCGCGUCCUACCACGGUGCCGUCUUCUGGCGGUGCUGUGAACGCGGCUGCCCCUGUCAUGGGAGCUGUGGCCGUUUUCAUCGGUGCUUGUGUCAUGGCCCUCUAAUUUGUUGGCUUAGGCUAUUAGGUGGUGAUUUCUGACUUCAUUUCGGAUUUUUCUAAUAGAGUA